AUGUCCACCGAUUCUAUUGUUAAAGCUUCCCAGUGGAGAUUGGUUGAAGUCGGCCGUGUCGUUUUGAUCAAGAAGGGUCCAUCCGCCGGCAAGUUGGCUACCGUUGUCGAAAUCAUUGAUCAAAAAAGAGCUUUGAUUGAUGGUCCAGCUACUGGUGUCCCACGUCAAAGCAUCACUUUGGGUCACGUUGUUCUAACUCCAUUGACCUUUGCUUUGCCAAGAGGUGCUAGAACUGGUGUCGUUGCUAAGAAGUGGGCUUCCGCAGGUGUCACCGAGAAGUGGGCUGCGUCUUCUUGGGCCAAGAAGAUUGCUCAACGUGAAAGACGUUCUGCUCUAUCCGACUUUGAAAGAUUCCAAGUUAUGGUUUUGAAGAAGCAAAGAAGAUACGCUGUUAAGAAGGUCAUUGCUAAGGCUUAA